AUGGGUAAGUCCUUUGACAAUGCCAUUGCAGACCACGAAUACACGAUGUUGCAGGCGCAUUUAUACCAAUGUGUCCACAACAGUCUGACGUACCUGGACGUACUGAACCAACGUCUUGGAGAAUACGACUACAAGCAUCACCUGCAUCACUCGAUCUCGACAACGUCGUUAUUUUGUGACAGUCUUGACCACGCCAAAGACGCCGUGCAAGAACUCAAGCGUGCAGCUGACUAUAUCCACAAAAGUACUGGUGCAGCCGAGGCCAAUAGGACCAUGAAACAGGCUUCCAAUGCACUGGCCGACUUGCACCAGGUGGCAAAGGCUUACGAUACAAGGCACUCGAUGUCCAGUAAACACAAUGGCAUAAAGGCAACAACCUCCGAAACGGUGGAGUGGCUUGUGAGCACAACUCGUGACGCUCAUUUCACUGGUUUUGCACGUCUGCAGAGGCAGAUUAUCAGAGUCCAGACGGCUAUCGGAGAAAUCGAGAAACCAUCGAUCAAGACACGGGCGAAAGAAGCCGUGCACAAUGUGACUUAUAAACUCGACAAGAUAAGAGCGGAGCACAAGUCAAGUCCUUAA